AGGAGAGGCGGAGGAGCCAGCCGGCAGGAGGAAGCAGUGUCAGCGGGUGAGCGGCGGGGCGGGCGGGGCGCCGCCAAGAGCCUCCGACGCGCCCUUGAGCCCAGCGGCGAAGCCCUCGGCUGAGGCGCCGCGAGCCGGCUGCACUGAGUGAGUGCCCCGGGAGCGAGUGCCAGCCUUCACGCGGGGAUUGUAUAGUGAAUAGUGAAGUGUGUCGAUGAUGUGCAGUGAUGGUGAUGCGUGGUGAUGGUGGUGAUGGAGUGGACGCAUCCCUGUGAGGCCUUGUGUUCGGCUGCUUCUGUGUGACCUUUCGGGACGCUUACGAUGGCGGAGGGCGAGGACCCCGCCAACCUGGGAGGAGGAUACCCACGCCCAUACUCGCACGUGAUCCCCGCGACCUCCUACGCCCACGACAUGGCAUCCCACAGACUGUCAGACUCCAGGUUCUUCUUCUCGGAGAGGCGCCUGUCCCAGCUCUUCAAUGUGGACGCCUGGACCGAGGAGGGCGAGGAGGGCCAGGCCGACGAUUUCGCCGACGACGAGGACGCCGGCCAUGAUCCGCCACCCGAGCCCGCCCCCAGGGCCUCCUACUGCCCCCCGUCCCCAGGCACCCCGGGGGACGCGGUGCCGCAAGCGCCCUCUGACGCGCCCUACUCGGGAGCGCGGCGCGAACCCUCCAUCUAUUCCACGCUGAGCUCCGGCUGCCACCUGGACCCGAGGUUCUCCGCCGAGGUGGCGCUGGACAUGGCCCGCCUCUCCACCCUGAGCGGGGGGUCGGGCCGCUUCAGCACGGGCCGCCUGGAGGACGAGGACGAGGACGGCUACGGCGGUGGCAACAACGGGGACGUGACGCCCACACCGGGGUCCCCUGGCUCCUGCCGGGGCUCGCACAGCGUGUCCUCCAGAUAUUCGCAGCUGUCCACGUUGACAGACUCCCUGGCGUCGUCAGGCCACCAGUCGUCGCUGCCGUCCGUGCUGUCGGAGCUGGCGGGCGAGGUGGACGGCGUGGCGGAGCUGCUCACGGACGAGGACGAGACGAUGGGUCCGGGGCCCAUGGUGUGGGGCGGCGACGAGGUCGUCAACUGGCAGGAGCGAUGCCUGGAGCUGGAGCUGUCCCUGCAGCGGUUCCGCGACCAGGCCGGCAAGAUCCGGGAGCUCCUCAGAGAGAAGUUGGCUGAGUUGGAGCAGCGUGUGGUGGAGGCGGAGGCGCGCGCUGAGGAUGCUGAAGAGAAGGUCCGCGUGAUGGAGAGGCGUCUGGAGUGGAGUGCCGGAGGUGGAGGAGGUGGUGGAGGAGGUGGAGGCGGAAGUGGAGCCAGCAGGGACGACGGCGACGACGUGGAGGACCUGCAGACGGAGAUCGUGGAGAAGGAGUCCGUCAUAUCAACGCUCUCAACGCAGGUAGAGGAACAGAGGCAGCUACGACUCCAGGACGCCAAGAAGGUGGAGGCCAAGGCAGCCAAGAUAAAGGAGUGGGUCACCAACAAGCUGAAGGAGCUGGAGGACCAGAACGCCCACCUGCGGGAACAGAACGCCAAAUGCAACGUCCAGCUGGAGCUCCUGAGGGGUCGCCUCGCCCACCUGUCCUCCAUGCACAACGAGAAGGACCGUGACACCGAGCGGUUAUGGAAAAGGAGGUCCCUAAGUCUACCUAAGGAUUCGUCGCGUGGGAGUUACGAAGGAGAUCGACCCGACAGCGACGAGAGCCUGCACGACGGCCGGAACGACGUAGGCUACAUCCCGUCCCGACCUGCUACGCUCGGGAGGGACCGCCGAUCCAAGUCCAGGUCCCCCGCCGGCCUGAGAAGAGCCAGCUCGAGCGACACGGACGCCAACUACGGCGAGAUCCGCUUCAAGUCCCGCCACAACGGCGUGCCCCGCACCGGCGGCCUCGAGAGGAAGCGCUACGACGACGAGAAGAUCCGGACGCGGGACUCGCGCGUGGACUCCGGCUCGGUGGACCUGGAGACACCCCAGAGCCUCAGCCCCAAGAGCCCCCUGGAGGUGAUGCUCAACAGCCUGACGCAGAGCACGGGCAGCCUCCCCAGGAGCGGGUCGCGCGCCGGCAGCCGAGGGGAGAGCCCGCGCAAGCCCGUCCCGCAGCCCAGGACCAAGCACCUGAAGAAGGGCGGUAGCCUGCAGUCCUCCGUGACCAAAAGCGCCGACAGCCUGGACCUGGAGCUAGACGGCUACGACAACACGGAGAGCACGGACUCCAGCCAGCUCGCUCGCUCCGGGGAUAGCCACCUCAGCGACGACGGCAGGAGAUCGCGCGCCAAGGACGAGGCGCACGACUACAGCGAGAUCUACACACCCAGCCGCGACCACGCCCGCUGGCCCGGCGACUCCGAGACCAACGGGGAGAAGCCGCCCACGCCCCCGCUCCACCGCUUCCCCUCGUGGGAGUCCAGAAUAUAUCAGGUCGCUCAGGAAGGCCUCUCGGGCUCCGGCGCAGCGACCACUGCCGACACGAGCGCCCGCAUGAGGACUUCCGGGCUGGGCAGCUACCCCGAAAUUCACGUGCCGGUUUACGCUGCGGUGAAAGGCCGUGCCAGCCAGAUCCGGUCGGUGCCGUUCACGGGCGACUCCUCGGACUCGUCAGACGGCGAGGACCACUGCGGGGGCUCAGACUCCCGCGGGCUGUCGUCCCACACGCCCUCGUCCUCGGCUGAGUCCUCUUCCAGUUCGCCCUCGAAGAGCAAGACGUCGUCCCUGUCCCCGGCCAAGUUGUCGGGUUCGUCGCCCUCCAAGAGCAUGAGAAGGGAUAGCAGUCGUUUAUCCCAAGAUUCAGGAGACUAUGCUGACUAUGCCAUCCCGCCAGAUGCUAUGCCAGAUGCUAUACCAGACGCUAUACCUACCCUUAAGCUACCGGACACUUCCUUUGAGUCUGGCGUGUCUGAUGACUACGCAAUUCCACCAGAUGCUCGGAGUGACAGUGGGUCUCUGGAGUCAACUUUAGCUCCCACCACUACGAGUGCAAGGACGUCAUGCGUAGAAACCACAACCAACACACUUACCUCAAGCCACAUUGGCACUGUGUCACCCCGCCGUGAGAGUUCAUUGGAGAAGAAUGGAUACCUGACAAAACUUGGUGGGAAACUGAAAACUUGGAAAAAACGAUACUUUGUUCUUAAGGAUGGAACCUUAACCUACUGGAAGAGUCAGAGUGAUAUACACCGAAAGCCAGCAGGUCAAAUCACCCUUAAUGAAGUCUGCCGUGUUACCCGAUCUGAAGGGGCACACACCUUUGAAGUCAAUACAGGCAAGAAGACCUACUACCUCACAGCAGACAAUACUGCUUUGGUUGAGGACUGGGUUAGAGUUCUCCAGAAUGUGUUGCGACGCAAUGCCACAAAACUCCUUCUGAGUAAAGAAGACAACAAACCAACCAUACAAGGAUGGCUGACAAAGGUGAAGCACGGCCAUGCUCGCCGCUGCUGGUGUGUGCUUAUUGGUAAAAUGUUCAUCUAUUUCAAGAGCCCUAAUGAUCAGAAUCCUAUUGGUCAGAUCAAUAUGAGGGAUGCCCGUGUGGAGGAGGUUGAAAAGGUUUCUGAUUCUGAAGGGGACGACCCUGCUGAUGAUGAAACUCCCAAGGAGGAUCUGACAAUUGGUAUAUUCCCAUCACACCAAGGUCCAACAUACCUCAUUAUGCCCAAUAAACAGGAUAAGGAUGGUUGGUUAUACCACCUGACUGUAGUAUCUGGAGGAGGUCCUAAUGCAGGAACACAGUAUGAGCAGUUAGUUCAGAAACUGAUGGAACUCGAUGGUGACCCAAAUUGCGUGUUGUGGAGGCACCCUCUGCUCCUACACAGCAAAGAUCCCAUCACCUCUCCCUUGACCUCUCUCCCGUCCUCCCAGUUGCAGGCUGAGGCUAUCAAGCUGUUCAAGUCUUGCCAGCUGUACACCUCUGUGCUCAUGGACUCGUCGGGUAUAGAUUACCAUGUGGUUCUGUGUCAGAAUGCUCUCCAGCAGUGCCUCACAUACCCUGAACUACAAUCUGAACUCUUCUGUGGACUCAUCAAGCAGACAUCGAAGCACCUGCAAGCUAAGCCAGGGGUCCAGGUAACCAAGACACUGAACAAAAUCAAGCACUCCCGAAAUUUGUUGCUCUGUGCCACCCAGUCACUUUUCUUGUGUGACUCCUCUGGCGCGCAGAAGGCAUCUCCAACACUAGGAAGCGGACAACCGUUGCCUGCUGACCCCAAGAUCAACCCUCCGUCAUUCACCUUCAUCCAGGCCUGGCAGUUCUUGGCUUUGGCCGUUUCUCUCUUCGUGCCUAAAAAUAAUAAACUUCUGUGGUACCUCAAACUUCAUCUUCAAAGGAAUGCUGAUACAAAGUCUGAAGUUGGCAAAUAUGCAGCUUACUGUCAACGAGCUUUAGAAAGAACCCUCGAGAACGGGGGCCGUGAAGCAAAGCCAUCUAGAAUGGAGGUCCUGUCUAUCUUACUCAAGAACCCUUACCACCACUCUCUACCCCAUGCCAUACCCGUCCACUUUAUCAACGGAACUUACCAGGUCAUUGGAUUUGAUGGGUCCACCACCAUUGAUGAAUUCUUGAUAUCACUGAACCAAGAGAUUGGUUGUCGUGAUGUCCACCAGUCUGGGUUUGCAUUAUUCUCAGAUGAUCCCAUUGAGAAAGACUUAGAGCACUGUCUCAAUCAUAAUGCGAAGCUCUGUGAUGUUAUUUCAAAAUGGGAGACUGCCCUCAGAGAGAAGGGAUCGGGCAAGUUUGAGAACACCAAAGUUAUUCGCCUUCUCUACAAGUCUCGCCUGUAUUGUCGUGCUGCUGCAAAACAUGAAACAGACCGAGAGAAACUGUUGCUUUGCUACCAAGUCAACCAGCAGAUUCAGCAAGGCAAAUUCCCCAUCACCAGAGAACUUGCUUUAGAACUGGCAACCCUCAUGGCCCAAAUUGACAUGGGUGAAGUUAACAGUGAAAGAACAAGAGGGUCUGGCUCAUCAGGUCCUUCCUCAGCACACAUCCAGCAGGCAUUCAGCAAGUUCUAUCCUGCAAGAUACCGAGAGGACCUGAAUGAAGAAGAAACAAAAACUGUGCUUGAUAGCUUGCAAGAAAAAUGGAUUGGAUUACGAGGAAGAACACAAGGUGACUGCGUCCGCAUAUAUUUAACAUGUACACGGAAAUGGCCAUAUUUUGGAGCCACUCUGUUUCCUGCAGCUACACCGUCCCCAGAGGGACCUCCAACUCCUGUGUGGGUGGCUGUCAGUGAAGAUGCCAUUACCUUACUGGACCAAAGUAGUAUGGCAUCCAUCGUCAGGUAUGGGUAUAGUUCUGUGGUGACAUUUGGCGGCUGUCAGGAGGACUUCAUGCUGGUAGUCCACACACCAGAGGAGGACGGCUCUCACCAUCCCCCUGGGACGCACAAACUACUCUUGUGCAUGAAUAAACCAAAGAUCUUAGAAUUGACUCUACUUAUUGCUGACUACAUGAAUGCUCUUGGUCGGCCAGUACCAGGAACUCCCCAGACAGGAACGCUAACUCGUCACGGUUCAAGAAGGUCAGCUCGUUCUCACAUGACUUCAGUGCCGGGACAGCCUGACUUACUAAAAAUGACAACUGAAGUAGAUAGCAAACUUCAACGCUUAGAUGCCAAAAGGAGGGCACAAGUAGACUCCUCUGUUGUCUGACCCGCAGUGCAUGCUAGGUCAUCCUGAGUAAGGUUUAUGCUCGGCCCAACUGCUACACUGUGAUAGACGUGUCACUUUUACAGUUGUUCCCAGUUAAAGGAGGUUUUUCAAUAAUGUGUUUUCCUUUGCUUUGUUAAGGAAGCUAUGUUUUAUUGAAGAAAUCUUUUUUUGAAAGGAAUGGUACAGCAAGGCAUCUCCAAGAUACUGGAGAAGGUGUGAAGCAAACGGUUGUGUAUGGCGCACAAAAAAGUAAAAUUAUGAAUUGGAGAGUCUGCUGUAUGGCCGAGCAUAGUUCAUAUAAUGUGCUUUCUGUAUAUAUAUAUUUUUUAUUUUUUAGUACAGACAAUAUUUUAAAUUAAUGACCUCACCUGUAAAGAAUGGAUAACGAAGAUGGGUGAUCAAAUUAAAAGAGAGAAGCAUUUAUC